AUGAAUAGAGGAAGAGGUGGAUUCAGAGGUGGACGUGGUGGAAGAACCGGUCCUUCUCAGUUCCAACAAGGUCCUCCUGAUUCUGUGUUAGAAAUGGGUACUUAUUUUAAAUCUUGUGAAGGAGACAUAGUCUGUCGCUCAAUAAACGUCAAGAUUCCUUAUUUCAAUGCACCCAUAUACUUGGAGAAUAAGAGCCAGAUAGGAAAAGUUGACGAAAUCUUGGGACCUAUUAACGAAGUUUUUUUUACGAUUAAGCCUUCCGAGGGCGUGAAAGCAGAAUCGUUUAAAGAUGGUGACAAGUUUUAUAUUGGUCCAGAUAAAUUGUUACCUUUAGACAGGUUUUUGCCUAAACCGAAACAGUACGGCCCAAAGCCUAAGAGAAAGUCUGCUGGUGGUGCCGGUGGCCGUGGUGGCCGAGGUGGUUUCAGUAGUCGUGGUGGUGGCCGAGGCGGUUUCAGUCGUGGUGGAGGUAGAGGUGGUUUCAGUCGUGGUGGAGGUAGAGGUGGUUUUAGCCGUGGUGGAGGUAGAGGUGGUUUUAGCCGUGGCGGAAGUAGAGGAGGCAGAGGAGGAUUUAGGAGCUAG